AUGAUUCUGCCUCCUCCUCAAAUUCAGACCCUCAUUGGACUGUUGCGGAAUGGAGCGCGGUUAGAUGGGAGAUCGUUAUUUGAAUACAGGGAAAUAAGUUUUGCAUUUCCACAAGGAACGACAAAUGAGAACGGUGGGUCUUGCAUAGUGAAAUUGGGAGCCAAUUCAGUCCUUGCACGUGUAUCUUGUGAGGUAAUGGAACCCAAACCGUUCAGGCCCUCUCAAGGAAUGCUCUUUGUAAAUUUCGACGCCAGUACCUUGGUGCAUCUGGAAGACAGUCGUUCAACCUCCAAAGUCGUUCGAGCAGCAGAAGAAGAAGGCAGGCGGUUAAGUGCAAUACUGCAGAUUAUUCUUCGUGACACAAUUGAUCUAGAUGCUCUUUGUAUAGUGGCCUGGGAGAGAGUUUUUGCAAUACGGCUCGAGCUACGUGCCCUUUCCUUUGAUGGUAAUCUUGGGGACUGUGGCGCCCUUGCCUCCAUCAUGGCACUCUCAACAUAUAAGCGACCAGAUGUUGUCGUAACCGACGAGGGCAAGGCCUCAUUUCUUUCCCGGUUAUAA